UCUCAACUCGGAUCCAAAAUGCCCAAAAUUUCCUCGAAGCGCCCAGCGGCAUCGCAUGGGAGUGCCGAUGGUGUUAAGCGGCGUAAAAUUGCUGUUGGUACCAAAAACCAAUCCAAAGCCACGGGCCCGAAGAUACCGAAAGAGAGGGCAUCCGAACGCAAGGCCAUCCCCAUUCCAACCAGAAAGAAUGGUAUAAGGAAUGACAGCGAAAAAGACGAGGAAGACGCUCAAUUUUUCCAAUCUGCUGCUCAUUCAGCAGACUUCCUUGCCAAUAUUGAUGUUGCUGCCAUUGCAAAGAGCAAGCACGAGAGGCAAAAAGCUCGCAUGUCAGAGAAAGGUGCGCGUCCACCUCGCCUACCUCGUCACGAUACCUUGCCAUCCAUCCAUUCGGAUGACGAUGGACCUUGGGAGUCCGAUGUGCAAAACAACACAGACAGUGAUUUCGGGGGAGCCACCGCUAGUUUUCCAGACAGCGAGGCCGGAGAGGAUGCCUCGCACGCUUCGAACUCUUCAGACAAAUCAAGUACUUCGGAGGACGACGAUUUGGAACAGUGGUACGAAGUUAACAGGAGGCCACAACUGGAUUCCAAAAUGAAGGAGGAACUGGGGCCUGAACGGCUCCCUGUGAAGUUGGCAGACGGGACAAUACAACCCCGUGGGCAUCUGCCACCUCCACCUCCUGAAUCAGAUUCGGAGUCAGACGACGAGAUGAAGGGGCGGAUGGAAAAUCUCCCAAGGAUUGAAGAUGUGGCUACAGGUGCAAGAUUUGGCCGGCCUGCUGUGACCAGUGUCAUUGGAACGAAAUCGAAGAAAGCUCGGAUCCAACUUGCCAAGGAACAAAUAGCCAGUAUAUGUCAAGAUAUUGUGUCUGAUCCAGAGAACAGUCUCGGUCUCCUACGAAGGCUCGCCUCGUUUGCCCAAUAUUCCGUCACUUCAUCAGAAUCAGAGGCCGUUAUCAAUGAUCCGCUGAUUCGGAAGCUUGCCAUUCUUUCUCAGCUCGCUGUUUUCAAAGACAUUGUUCCAGGGUACCGGAUACGGGCUUUGACGGACCAAGAGAAAGCUGAGAAAGUGAGCCAGAUGGUACAACACCAACGAGAAUACGAAGAAGGACUAGUUAGUGCUUAUCAAGCAUAUUUACAACUACUUGAAAACGAACUCAAGGCGAAAUCUGAGCUUUCGGAAAUCGCACUUCAAGCCAUGUGCACCUUGGUGGUUGAACUAACACACUUCAAUUUUCGGCUCAAUUUGAUGACCGCUAUUGUCGCCCGUCUCAGUAGAAAAUCGUGGGAUGAGUCGUCUCAGCAUUGCCUUGACACGCUCAUCACUGUGCUUCGGAAGGACAACACUGGCGAACCCUCGCUCGAAGUUGUCAGGUUGUUGAACAGGAUGAUAAAAGAACGACAUUUUCGAGUUCACCCAAAUGUUCUAUCUUGCCUCAUACAUCUCCGCUUGAGAAGUGAAUUAGGAGGGGUUCGCGCGUCCCAAAGCCAGGCGAGCAAGGAAGGCGAUGGUGUUGCAAAUUUCACAAAACGGAAAGACAAACGUGGCAAGAACAACGAUCAACCCCGUCUCAGCAAAAAGCAGAAGAAGGAGAUGAAGGAGACUAAGAAGAUUGAAGAAGAAAUGCUAGAAGCCGUAGCGGAAGUUAACCAAGAAGAUCGAGCUAACACGCAUACUGAAACUCUCAAAUUACUUUUCGUCCUUUACUUCCGUAUACUCAAAAGCGACAAAUCCACACCUCUGUUACCUGUAGCAUUGGAUGGCAUCACGCGUUUUGCACACUUCAUCAAUAUCGACUUUUUCAGGGAUUUGUUGGCCGUUUUGAGGGUUUUAAUCACCCGAGAUGACAAUGACGGAAAUGAAUCGGACGACGAGGCGACAGGCCAAUCACGGUGGACACGCAGUCAUGAGGAAAGUCUCCGUCACCGCUUGCAGUGCAUAGUGACUGCAUUUGAGUUGCUUUCGGGUCAGGGAGAGGCAUUGACCAUCGAUCUCCGAGAUUUUGUUAAUUUCCUUUACGCCAUCAUUCCUCAAUUAUCCUUUGUCCAGAACCUCAAUGAAGCGUCAUCGACUUCAUCCUCAACGGUCCUAUCGCAACCAAAUCACCGGAAGACAACACAUGGAUCACAGGCCCCGUUGGGUGAUCUUCUAUUCCGCGCCUUGGAGCUGAUAUUUAUGACCCGGGCAUCUGUUGGCAGCCACCCAUCGUGGCGUGCGGCGGCGUUUGCCAAACGGCUACUCACGACAUGCUUACACUGGCCUUCGCCUCUAGUGUCGAAGACGCUUGAAUUUGUCAAUAGUCUGCUGGUGAAAGAGCCGACCUUGGAGGCAAUGCUGUCAACCGAAGACCGUGUUACGGAUGGUGUAUACCGGCCGGAUGUCGACGACCCACAGAUGGCUAAUGUCUUCGCGACGUCGUUCUGGGAGGUCAAGUUACUGGCUAGGAGGCAUGUGGACGAGCAAGUGAGGUUGAAAGCGCGUUCUUUUGCUAGCCUCAAGGGCUGAUUGGUUCCCUGGAGAUUGAGCUUUAUAAUGACCCCAUACAUGCUGCUAUGUGCCUAAUCAACAUGAUGGAGAGCACUCAAAGUAACUUGCAUCCUUGUACCCAGACACCUGUUCGGUUCUGUUCGUUACCAAGGCACCACCACUUCUCGAUGAGAUCUUCAGUGAUAUUUGUAACUGGUUCGAAGAAGUCAAGCUGUCCUAUACC